AUGGCACCCAAGGCAGCUGCCGGAAAGAAACCAGUAGCGGAAAAGGCUCCGGCUGAGAAGGCACCAGCGGAGAAGAAGCCCAAGGCAGAGAAGAAACUCCCAAAGGAUGCAUCGGCUGCCGGAGCGGAUAAGAAGAAGAAGAGACACAAGAAAUCAGUCGAGACCUACAAGAUCUACAUCUUUAAGGUUUUGAAGCAGGUUCACCCUGAUAUUGGUAUCUCUAGUAAGGCAAUGGGCAUCAUGAACUCCUUCAUCAACGACAUUUUCGAGAAGCUCGCUCAGGAGGCAUCUAAGCUUGCAAGGUACAACUAG